GUUUUCUCGUCAUUCAAUCAAUCAAAGACUUUUCUUGCUUCUCAUGCAAACCACAAAUUACUUGAAAAAUAAAAUAUCUAUUAGUAUUUCUAAUUUCCACAAAAUGGGCCUAUCGUUUAGCGAAUUAUGGAUGGAUCUCCUUCGUCUCUGACUAUUUGCAGAAGCAGGAUCCAUACACGUGUUCAUACUCACACCUAUAUGCUUAUUUUCUUGAUAAAAAUUUGAUCUUGGUGGGUUAUUUUUGGGGGUUGAGUGAUUUUAGGAGGGGUUGUAAUAAUUUGGAGGCUAGAAAUGAGUGUAAUUUCCUUUUUUCGAGUAAUAUUUUUGAAAUAAUUCAUAGCUUCAGCGUUUGACCUUUUGUCUCUUGUGGUUUCUGGUGAUUCUUGGUACCCUCUCUCUCUCUCUCUAGAUUUUGCUUGUUUCGUUUAUGUGAUGAUUGUGAUGCUAUUUGGUUUAUCUGUUGUGAGUGUUUUGGAUAAAUUGGGUUUGGAUUUUUGAUGUUUUUAUAUUGUUAUGGAAUUUAGAGGUUAUGGGUUGAGUUUUUUGGUUGGAUUAAUGGUGUUUGCAGUUUUGGGUUUGAAAUUAUUCAGUUGAAUGGAUUGAUUAUUGACGGGAUUUUGGAUUAUGCAUUUGCUGGUUUUGAAUUAGGAUUAUGGUGCUUUUUGAGAAAGGAGUUAAUGUUUCUGAGUUUUCAUAAUUAUUAGUAUUAGCUUCAUUUGAUUGUAGAUAUUGGGAUUUUGAUUUGUGAAGUUUCUAGUUUUGGGGGAACAUGAUUUAUUAAGGGGCAUUUUGCUAUGGCAACUUGAAAAAGUCGUAGCGGAUCCAUAACAUAAUUUUUGGGCGGAUCCGUUAUGUGGAAAUGGUUUGUAGCGUGAAGUGAACAAACGAGUAAGCAACAAGUUUUCAUACUUGCCCCUGCUUUAGUCUUUUGGCACCAAUUCAAGCUGAUAUUAUCAUACUGUUGCUUCGUUCUUGGCACGAGCAUGGAACGAAGCAUUGUAGAAUUCUUGUUGGGGUGUGGAGGCGCGUUGGUUGGGACUCUUUAGCUGGAUAAUUUUUAGAUGAUUAUAGACAUCGCGGUGUUAAGUUGGGUCAAUAAAGCAAUUUUUUUCUUGUUCUAGAAACUUAUAGAUUGAUGACGAAGUUAGGUAUUUCUUUCUCGAACAGCCGCAAUGUCCAACGCGUAGAUGGUGUUCUUGCAAUGAUACAAGCUGCAUUUUAUUGUUUAUGGAUUAAGAAAUUACAGGAUCAUUUUCAAUCUUGAUGUUAGUUCCAAAGGAAAAACCAAAACAAGUUUAUCUUCAAUCCUAUGUAUGUUCUUUUUGUUUUCAAAUGUCCAUUGCUUUCGUUUGGAUGUUGUUUAUUGUCUAUUUCUUUGUUGUUUUAGUUUGUCGAGUUCUUGAUGAACUAAUAAUGUAGAUAUCAAAGACGGCCGAGGUCAUGAAAUGGCGAUUUCGUAUCAUGAAAUGACUUAAUGCAUCGUUUACUAUGUUUGUUCAUCUCGUAUUCCCUUGCUGUUGUAUAGAUAUGGCGAUUAUUGAUAUUGAAACCAUCGCUCUUUGCCUAACACUCACCGGCUCCGUGGAUUGCAGGUGCUCGGACGAGGAAGGACCCUACCAUUGCAGGAGAAUGGAGGGCGCAAAAGUUUUGGUCGAGGGCCCACCUCCUGCGCCAGGAACUUCACCUCUGAAGGGGGACGCAGAAACCACGAGCGUUUCGCCGUUGGCUUCUAGAGAGGAUUUGGCCGAAAAUUCUCCUGACGCGGGUGGGGAAACGGGAGUGGCAGAAAAUGGGUCUGCCACGCCUGCAGACGCCCAAGACGCCACUCGCUCAGUCGAGGAGGAGACGAAUAAAGAACUUGCAGAAGUAAUCAUCCCUCAAGAUAACAAUAGCGCCAUCGCGCACGAGAACAAAGAACCAGUCGAAGCAUCUGUUCAACCGAGCACAUCAGAAGGCGAGCCGUCAGUUGCAUCAGCCGACCUCAGGAAUAUUGCGACUCCGUCACUGGUGGAUGAGCAUAUACCGACAACUCCUUCAUCACCUCAAGUGAAUAACAAUCCCACUUUCCGGCUGCCGAAAAUAGCAAUAAAAUCUAACAAGACCGAGAAAUUCCAUGACCAACCCGAGACACCUAGAACUCCUAGAACUCCUAGGACUCCUAUGACGCCUAGAACACCAAAUAGCAUCGACUUCAGUCGAGGUCAAGUUGAUACGGCAGCGCCUUUCGAAUCUGUGAAGGCUGCUGUUUCGAAGUUUGGUGGGAUCGUGGACUGGAAAGCCCACCGUGUUCAGACCGUCGAGAGGCGAAAAACCAUAGAAGAAGAACUCGAGAAAGCUCAAGUGGAGAUACCGUUAUAUAAGAAGCAAUCCGAGGAUGCUGAAGAGGCCAAACUCGCAGUUCUGAAAGAGCUAGGCAGCACUAAGAGACUUAUCGAAGAGCUGAAGCUCAAUCUCGAACGAGCACAGACAGAAGAGAAACAGGCGAAGCAGGAUUCCGAGCUUGCAAAGCUUAGGGUCGAAGAGCUGGAGCAAGGGAUUGCCGAUGAAUCCAGCUUUGCAGCCAAGGCGCAGCUUGAGGUUGCCCGAGCAAGGCAUGUGGCCGCCGUUGCAGAAGUCAAGACCGUUCGAGAAGAGCUGGAACAGCUCAGGCGGGACUAUAAUGUGUUGGAAGCCGAGAAAGAUGCAUAUGUGAAGAAGGCGGAAGAAGCUAUUUCCAAGUCGAAAGAGAUUGAGAAGUCCGUAGAGGAUUUGACAAUUGAGCUUAUCACUGCGAAAGAGUCGUUGGAAUCUGCACACGCUGCGCAUCUGGAGGCGGAGGAGCACCGAAUCGGAGCAGUUAUGGCGAAAGAACAGGACAUGCUCAACUGGGAGAAGGAGAUCAAGCAAGCUGAGGAUGAUCUCGUGAAGAUGAAAGAGCAGGCUUCGUUGUCGAAGGAUAUGCAGUCGAAGUUGGAUACUGCAACUGCGUUGCUGAGAGAUUUGAAGGCUGAAUUAGCAACGUACCUCGAAUCAGAACCGCAGGGGGAACCAGCCGGACACUUUGAAGAUGUGCUCAACGAAACGGAUAAAGCAAACCGUGGUCAAAUCGAAGCAGCUAUUUCCGCGGCUAAGAAGGAACUCGAAGAAGUGAAGCUCAAUUUCGAGAAAACGAACAACGAAGUUACCAUCUUGAAGGUGGCUGCGGCAUCGUUGCAGUCAGAGCUCGAAAAGGAGAAGGCGGAACUGACUACCAUUCAGCAAAGGGAGGGAAUGGCGUCGAUCGCAGUUGCGUCUCUAGAAGCUGAGCUGAACCGGACGAAAUCCGAAAUCGCGCUGAUUCAGCUCAGGGAGAAAGAAGACAGAGAGAGAAUGGUUGAGCUUCCAAAGAUGCUACAAAAGGCAGCACAAGAGGCUGAUCAAGCAAAGACCCUCGCCCAGGCCGCUCGCAACAAGCUCAGAAAGGCGAAGGAGGCAGCGGAAAAGGCAAAGGCGGGUGCCGGCACCAUGGAGAGCAGAUUACGUGCGGCUCAGAAGGAAAUCGAAGCGGCUAGAGCUUCCGAGAAGUUGGCACUCGCAGCUAUCAAAGCAUUGAUGGAGAGCGAGUCUACUCAAAGCAACAACGAGGAGGAUUCGCCAACCGGAGUAACACUCUCAUUGGAAGAAUACUAUGAGCUCAGCAAGAAGGCCCACGAGGCCGAGGAGGAGGCGAGCGAGCGCGUCGCUGCUGCUCUUGCAGAGAUCGAGGUAGCCAAGGAGUCCGAGAUGAACACCUUAAAGAAGCUGGAAGAAACCAACCGCGAAAUGGCCGAGCGGAAGAGCGCCUUGGAGAACGCUCUGCAGAAGGCCGAGAAGGCCAAAGAAGGGAAGCUAGGCAUCGAGCAAGAGCUGCGUAAGUGGAGGGCCGAGCAUGAGCAGAGACGGAAAGCCGGAGAUUCGGCUGCGAGCCCGGCCCAGAGGCUAGACGCCAAGAGCCACGUCAGCACAUUCAAAUCCGCGCCACUCCGUCAGGUGUCGAGCCCCGGCUCAUUCACGAGCAACACGGGAACGGAUACGUCUCCGGACGUCAAGCCAGCGAAGAAGAAGAAGAGAUCAUUCUUCCCAAGAAUAUUCAUGUUCUUGGGCAAGAAGAAGUCGUCCAAAUCGUCGCAGACGCCGCCACCGUGAUCGCGUCUCCCCCGUGUCGGAAACGCCUUCCAUGUAAGUGAGUUUUCUCCUUCGGAAACACCUUCAAAUCUGUUGUCCAUUCUUGACAAACGUCUAUAUUUGUAUAGGAGUAUUGUUUUGUGUACAAUAGGUUGCUCAGAUCAUAAAUUUCUUUUUUUUUUUUAUUUUUUCUAAUACUUGGUUGGGUUAUACAGUUUGUAAUCUUAGCUUGGUGUGGCUAUGAGGCAUUGGAUUCUGUAACGAAACUUUUCUUCUUUUUUCAUUCAUUAAUAUUUAAAGUUUUGUUUCUAUACU